UGUGGCUGCUCUGCGGCGGCACUGGCUUUCCGUUCCUGCCACUGCGGCCGGUGUCGUGGAGCGCCAUGGCGGAGCCUCCGGCGCCUCUCUCCGGCCAGGACGUGGGGUCAUUUGCCUACCUUACUAUUAAAGACAGAAUACCACAGAUCUUAACUAAGGUCAUUGACACAUUGCAUCGACAUAAAAAUGAGUUUUUUGAGAAACAUGGAGAGGAAGGCAUGGAGGCUGAGAAGAAAGCCAUCUCUCUUCUUUCUAGGUUGCGGAAUGAGCUGCAGACGGACAAACCCAUAGUCCCCUUGGUGGAGAAGUUUGCAGAUACCGACGUGUGGAAUCAGUACCUGGACUAUCAGCAGAGUCUUGUGAAGGAGGGGGACGGGAGGCCAAGCUGGUUCCACUCGCCGUGGCUGUUUGUGGAGUGCUACAUGUACCGGAGAAUUCACGAAGCCAUCAUCCAGAGCCCACCGAUUGAUGACUUUGAUGUAUUUAAAGAAUCCAAAGACCAGAAUUUCUUCGAGUCGCAGCAGUCUAUCAUUGCUUUAUGCACUCACCUGCAGCAGCUGGUGAGAACUGCUGAUGAUCUAGAGGAGAACCAGCUGAAGAAUGAGCUUUCUAAACUCCUGCAGAUUUCGCUGUGGGGAAAUAGGUGUGAUCUCUCCAUAUCAGGCGGAGAGAGUAGUUCUCAGAAGAGUGAUUUGUUAAAUUCUUUGGAAGACCUGAAACCUUUCAUUUUAGUGAAUGACUUGGAUCAGCUUUGGUCAUUGCUAAGCAAAUACAAGAAAGCAGGCGGAGACCCCUCUGUGCUUAGAGUGGACAUUGUUCUGGACAAUUCUGGUUUUGAGCUUGUCACCGAUUUAGUAUUAGCCGAUUUCCUCUUGUCCUCUAAACUGGCCACUGAGAUUCACUUUCACGGAAAAGCCAUUCCGUGGUUUGUUUCAGAUACUACUAUACAUGAUUUCAAUUGGUUAAUUGAGCAGAUGAAGUCUAGUAACCAUAGGUGGAUGUCCAAGUGUGGGGCCGACUGGCAAAAGUACAUUAACACAGGCAGAUGGGCUUACCAUGACCACAUGUUCUGGACUCUGCCACACGCAUACUGUGCAAUGCCGCAGGUCGCUCCUGACUUACAUGCCGAACUACAGAAGGCCCAUUUGAUUUUAUUCAAGGGUGAUUUGAAUUACCGGAAGUUGACAGGCGACAGAAGAUGGGAGUUUACCGUCCCAUUUCACCAGGCCCUGAGUGGCUUCCACCCAGCGCCUCUGUGCAGCAUCCGGACAUUGAAAGCUGAGGUCCAGGUCGGCCUGCAGCCUGGCCAAGCGGAGCAGCUCUCGGCAGCCGAGCCCCGCUGGCUGACCAGCGGGCAGUACGGAGUGCUGCAGUUCCACGCUCUGCUUUGAUGCGGUGAGGGAGCUCUCAGCU